AUGAGUUUCGCGCCUGAGCUCUUUAAUGACGCUCCUGAUACACAAACGCAGGCAAAACUGGUUUCUUUGUUUUGGCCGGGCACUUCGUGGCGAUCGGAAGAUUUCUCGGCAUUCUUUAGAUACUUCAAUGAGCGCAUCUUGCUCCUUAAAUGGUCUUACUGUAUUGAUCAUAAUCAGUUUGCCGCGCAAACUUUCGAUGACUUGAUUGCUGUAGUGGAGGUGAUGAGGAUUAAGAACCAACGUACGCGCGAGGAAGUAUCGAGGUCUAUCAGACAAUUACCUCAGUUCCAAAGGAAGCAGGCGACCGACUUGCAGAUAUUGAACUCAAUGGCUCUCGCUGGAUGCGUGUGGCUCACUAUGGAAAUCAGAAUGUCUGAUCAGCUCUAUGGACCUGCGUCGGGCGCAUCGGAGGCCGCCUCAUGGGGACCUUUAGAUACUCUCGUGGAUGUUGUCAAGCAGCGGUUUCAAACCUUCAAAUUCAACCCCGCCACAGGGGAAGCUCAACUGGACGCUGGUUUCAUCGCAAUAAAUUUGAUGGAAGUUUGCGGUAUCAGAAUUACCUGGACCGACAACUUAAUCGACCACCUUUACUACGACUCCACCCCAGUGCCAAGAAGAUGGUGGGAAUUUUGGAAAUAUCAAGGAUCUGGUGGCAUCGUAUAUAUAUAUCCACACAAGAUAUGCUUAGCGAGCCAUCACGCGUCGACUGAUAUUCUCGGAAAGGAGCUUUUGGAGGAGACUAUGAAAUCUCUCGACCUGCUGUUUCCUUUUGGUGAUAGCCGUACCCGGGGGCAUCUCAUCAAGGAACGACACCCGUUUUUUCUCGCUGAAACACCCACGUUCCCUCGUACUAUGGAUCUUAGCGACUUCAAUUUCUGGCGACGAAGGAUAAUUAUAUUGUACGACGUUUUUCAUGCACCUCCAUCAAGAAUGCAUCAGAUAUGGAAAGAUAGACGAAAUCCAAUGCAGUGGUGGACGUUCUGGCUUGCGGGACUGAUCGUCAUUAUCACGGUAGUUUUUGGUGUCAUCUCCGCGUAUAUGGCACCUAAGUCGCUCGGAUUAGCAAACCUCACAUACAGACUUUCUAUAUUGCAGGCGUGCAAUCAGGAUACUGCCAUCUAG